AUGGUGAUUUUCUUCUUAUUUUUCUUAUUUCCCAUGCUGCUGGAGGCUUCGGAAACUAGCAGAAGCUUAAUCGAACCACCGGCCGUAAUUCCUGAGAAACUCAAAACAUUUUGCCAGAUCGAUCCAACGUACGAGAUUUGCGUGAAGCUUGGCAUUCCGAAAGCUGCGAGAAAGUUUGCAGCGAGAUCCAAAAUCCAGGGAAGACAGAGAAAAGGCGUCGAUUGUAGGCAGGCCCCAUUGCAUCCGGGUUGUCAGAGAUAA